AUGCGUAACGCGGCAAGAGAUCGCCGAAUUGAAAGUAGACCUGUAGAACUCCAAAGUGAAAGUAGAUCUGUAGUACGCCAAAGUGAAAGUAGACCUGUCAACUGUUAUACAUGCAGAUAUUUGGAUGUUAUCAACAUAUUUGGCCAGCAUGAGAAUGUGUAUAGAUGCCUUGUCCGAGCCCUACUGCAUCCGCUUGGGGCCCAAGAAACCAUAUCCGGACUUCGACAUGAGGACCUUCUCGACUACCUUAAAGAGGUGUUUGAUGUGGAUCCCGCAACUCAUGAGCUAAUAAUCAUGGAGGAGAAGCCUAACAGGCCGACCCAACGGCAGGCAAAUGUAACGGUGCUGGAAGCGAAUGGACUGAUAGAGGAAGACUUAUCCAAAGACACGUUCAACUUAUAUUGCCUGGUCAUGAACCAGCCAGCCAGGAGAAAGAGCACCAGCAGUGGUUCCUCGCCAAGAGCGCUUUCCCCUAAACAAAGUCGUAAAAUGAGUCCCCGAAACUCACAGGGGAAUAGCGCAUCCUCUUCCCCCAUAGGAUCUCCGGUGGCCCCCCGAAACGAGUCUACAGGGCUGUCUCCUCUGUUGUCACGAAAGGGAGUUUACUUUAUCGAGCCUGAGACUGCAAGGACGAGCACUGUGAAAAACUCAUCCCACCCCAAGUGGAAUGAAGAAUUUGAGCUGGAUAUAGAGAAUUUCCGUAAGGACCAGCUUCAUGUUUACGUAUGUGAUGAGGAGGGGUCACUGGAAACCAAACCAGAGAAAAACAAGCGACACAAACAGUUUAUGAGUAUACUCCGACACAGCGAUGAACACGAUAACAUUAUCUCUGACCGUUGCCUUGGUAAAAUCAGAAUUCCUGUCAGGGAUAUUUCAACGCUGGGUACAGACGACUGGUUUGAUAUCGUGUCCGAUGUCCCGUGCAAGGGCAAGCCUCGUGUAGAGGGCAAGUGUCAUCUAAGACUGAGCAUUUCAUACAAGCAGGCUGCAGAAGGAGGAUGCCACCAACCCAAUGAAGAUUAUCUACAGAUCUACCGACAGUGCCUAAAACACACAUACUCUACAUCCAGGCAAAAUCAUUCAAGGCAUGUGGGUGACCGUUAUGGCUGCCUGUGUCUGAAAGACCACAGAAUAUUGCAGGUGUUCGCAGAGGCCCACCGCAUAUCCAAGCUCUCACAGUCUUUAUCGAAAUUGAUUUGUCUGCUUGAGGUGCAGUGUGAGGACGAGCUGAUAUACUCUGGAGACGUUGAUCUCCUGUAUUCCCUUUAUGAUUUCCAAAUGACUUGGGACGCCAUGCAGAUAGCCCAGCAGAACGUCUUAGAUCGCAUGCCCCUGACUGAUAUGGAGUUGUCGAACUACCAGCGUGUGGCAUCGUGUUAUAUUGAACUGAAAAGUAGCAAGGUUGAUGAGCUACCUGCCCUAUUUCCUCCUGCGAUCGAAACUAUCAAUGUGCUCAAAACAAAACUAGGUGUGGUAGUCAUGCUACUGGACCUGGAACUCUGGGAAGCCAGCUGUGACGGAAAGGCACACAUAUCAGAUCGUAUUACAAAGACGAUUCAGGCAAGGAUUUCGGAUUGGAUCAAGGAUCAGAUGGCUGAGUUCGAGGAGACGAAAAUCACAGUAAAGGACAAGAUGAAUUACGUGAUUGAGAAACUCAUUGACUUUGUGAACAAGGCGAGUUCCCACUGCAUCGUUAUACCCGUGUUGCAACAGUUCUUCAACUGUAUCGGCGUCAACUAUUUCAGACUUGUUAGCCUUGCCCUCGAUAAAACGAUUUCCCCAGAGUCGAUGAAGAUCACUGAGAAGAUCAAUCGUUACAAGAAGCGCAAUGCAAAUUUUCCCGAGAACAUCAAGAUGGCAAGCAAGAUGUCUCUUAGACUGUAUUUCUCUCUCAAAAACCUUCGUGGUGUGAUUAGCGGCUGUGUUAGCAUGAGAGAUUCAUCCCUCCUUGGUCUGACGCACUACCAGAUGUGGUUCGAGGAGUCAAUGACCUACUGGCUACAUACCUUUCGCACCGAGUGUGUGCAGCGCAUGGAAAAGGCCGUCGAAAUUGACAAAGAUGUUGUUGUUGUGACAAGUCUGGCCAAAUACUCGCAUUCCUCCGUCGACGUUCUCUCUUGUUUUUCUCAGGUGAUAGGAGAAUGGAUGAACAUAGGUAUCCAUGAACCAGACUGUGCCUUGAUGGGGAUGAUUAAUAUCACUGAUAUAAUCUCUGAUUGUGCGAGACAGUAUGCUGAAAAGAUUCAAUUAAUCAUUGAGAGGAACUGUUACUUUGACAACAUCCCCAAAGCUGAAUUUAAUAUCAAUGACAAGUUGUGCAUAACCUUGAACAACAUCGAUCAUGUAAGGCUGUACCUAUCAGAACUCCCAGAGCUGCUAGCCUGGGACACCGUGAUCAUGAGGAUUUCCACGCACCACAACAAUGCCGCUGUCGGCAAGCAGGCACUCGGCACCCUUCAACGGCUCAUCGAUACUACAAAUGACGAGAUUUCGUCGAAAUGUAAAAGUCUGCUACGACAGAUCUGUGAAAAGAUGAAGGUUGGGAUUGAUCGAUUCAUAGAACUUUUCAUGAGGAAAAACUCGGUACGUACAACAGACAAUUUGCAGUCUUUGGACAAUUUGUUGUGCUACAUUUCCGCCAAUCUGCAGACCCUCGAAGACCAGCUUAUGCCCAAUAUGUUCCAGUACAUUAUCGAGCAACUGUGGUCGGUCGUAGUGUCUUCAUUCUGUGCUCAGAUACAACCUGGGCACUUGCGAUCUAUGAUGUCAUGUUUAGGACGCUGUGGUCUAGAUGAUCAUCAGCUGCUCAAUCCAGAGUGCCAGGCUCUACAAGAUAUACUGGAUAGCAACGCCAAACACUCGGACACACUCAUGCUUGAAUACUAUGAGGGUCUAUCUUCUGAUGUAAUGACCCCCACAGUCAACUGCGGAUAUCUGUCAUACACGGCAUCAUACGUAGAGGAGACCAGAGAGAGUAUUUCCAUUAUCGUGACGGUGUUUCAGUGCAGCAAUUUACCGGGCUUAAACCCAACCGGAUACAGUGACCCCUAUGUAGAGGUCAGCCUUCAGCCCCAGAAACUGUUCCGAUUGUCCCGCCCGCAGAGAACACAUGUAAUCAAGCAAAGCCUCAACCCAGUCUUCAAUGUCAACUUCCAGUUUCCAAAUGUAUCGAAGGAAGUAUUGAAGCAGCCGGGCAAUUGUAUCCUUCUGUCUGUGUUCGACCACGACUAUAUUGGGCGGGACGAUUUUGUGGGCGAGGUGGUUGUCCAUCUGCCCACUGUGAUCAAGAUGGGGAUGGAUGAGUCAAUGGAUAUUAUGCCUGUUGUCAUUAUGCCUUUGAAGCGACCGACAAAGCCGACCAGUGGGCCCUAUGAGGUACGUCAGGCUAAGUACCGUGGUAAGCCGACCAGUGGGCCCUAUGAGGUACGUCAGGCUAAGUACCGUGGUAAGCCGACCAGUGGGCCCUAUGUGAUCCUGAGUUUGCGGAAGUGGGAUAAGGAAGCGGAAAAGUUUAUUACGCGGAGAAACCGGGUUGUCUUCCGUCAGAAUCAACGGACCGACAGCGUGCAAUACGGCGGAGGAAUCUUUUCCAGGGUGUUCUCAUUAUUGAAAGACUAA